GCCAGUUCGCGUGCACCGGUGCUUGAGCGCGGUCAAACUCGACGGUACUACUCAGACUAUCUCGGCUAUUAUCGUUCUGCCCACUCAAUUCGAUUGAUAAGCCGGCAAAGUACCUUGGCUAUCGGCUGGCGUCAGACGUGCCUCAAUCUGAAAUUAGAUAAGUUGGUUUUGGAUUUGAAUUUCGACUUGUGAAUUCGGUCGAAUUCGCAUUUUUCAAAUUACACUUGUAAAUUACUUGUGACGGAUGAGUGAAGUUUCGCUAUCGAAGUUUUUGUGGGAGAGAGGAGCCAUGGAGAGCUGCUAUAAGCUAUACACCUGGAUCAACCAUACGCUGUUGAUGCUUCUGCUGCAGAUUUUUUGGAAAAUGAGCCAAAUCUCCGACUUUUUUAAGGAAAAGUCCCUUCAAGAAGCAAAACCAGAAAAACCACUGCUCUUCGCGCCUCUUACAAAGGAGUCUAAAAUGAGACGACAUAUUAGGUCUAUGUCAGAUGUUCAGAGCAGCACACCCUACAGAAUCGUCUUCAGGUCACGAAAAGGAAGCACACAAACACUGAUGUACGACUCGGACACGAGAGCUAGAAGAAUCAGGUCCUACAACAGACAUCUUGACUCCUCAGAUUCAAGCGACAGCUUGGACUUGCCGCGAAAGGUGAGGACUCUUGAGCAAAACAUCCUUAAACACACGGACUCCAUGAGAAUUUUGUAACUCAAGAUCUGAAAUACAAUGGGCUGUGCCGUCUAGUUUUACCUAGAUCGGAUUCACGUCGGUACGAUGGUGUCUGUAUCUACGAUGACGAAGCAUCAGUUGGUGCUGGCGAAGGACUGAUCUCCAAUUAUUUCUAGUGUUCUCAAUGGACUAAAUUAGAUUAUAGUGAUUUCCAUGAGACUGUGAUCGAGUUAGAAUAUCGUUAAGGAUAGUAAAUAAAAUCAUUCUAUUAUAUUUGUAUGUAUACGUUUACAUUAGGAUUUAUAGAUACUUAUCGUAUUAAGGAUAGAUCGAUAUGAUUUUCAAAAAGCCAUAUAUUUUAAAUUAAUGUUUGUAAAUUUUGUUUGUCUCGUACCAUUUCUGGCUUGUUUAUGUUGCUUACGUAAUCCUUAAUUUUCGCUGAGAUUUGAAUCAUUAUGCAAUUUAAUUGCAUAGCUUUAAUAUGUAUUCGAAUGUGCUAACUCUCUUUUUGUAUGACACACAUGUACCACUCAGAUUGGACCGACUAACUG